CUUCGGGAAGGUAUUGAGAACCCAUUAAGAAUAUUGACAGACGAGGAGAUCGAAGAAGAAACGAAUUUCAUUUUAAAAAUUGCAAAUUUCCAAUCUUAUUCAAACUCACAUUCUUCUGUGAGAUUCCAAGCUCUUGUCGACGCAACGACAAAAGUACUUAAACACCUUUCUCAAAACUUUAUGGAAGUGCCGUACAUCUACUAUCAACGUAGGGAUGAUGUUGCUACUAUAAAUCUGAAAAAUACGGGAAUUCCACCCAGUGAUAUUCUUACUCUGGAUGACCUUUGGACAAUUUAUGACCUCGAUAUCAAGUAUCGAGCGUUUUUGGAAGGCCGUGAAAAACUGCAGGCGUUUGUUCAAAAGAUGGAUAUUCAUAACGACUACACCGAUAAGUUGUUGUCUGAGACUGAGUCGAUUGAAGAGUUGAAUGAUAUUAGAGAAUAUUUGAAUCUUAUUCAGUACUCGAAAAUCUCGUCUACUCUUGAAAAGAACAAAAAACGCCGUGUGCCAGAAUAUCAGCGCCUUAAACAAUAUAAUUUUCAUGCCCUUGCUGAGAAAUUCGGUAUAGAUAGACAAGCAGUCUGCAAAACCUUUUCCUUGACUGAUAAACUAUACUAUCCGAAUGACCAGUCAUAUGGUGUGAAUUUAGCUGCCGAGGAGUUUCUAAAAGCUUUUAAUAUACAAGUGAACUUAGAAACUAUUGAUCAACAAAGAAAUCGUGUACUUGAAGACGCAAAACGUAUUGUUGCAUACGAAAUCGCGUUUGAUCCUCAUGUCAGAAAAGUUGCACGUAAAUGGAUACUCAAAAAGGGGAUUAUUCAAGCGUUCAAAUUCCUUAAUAAGCCAGUUCAUAAGUUCAUUGAACAAAAGAAUGGUCAAUUCCUCCAAAUCCUUCAAUCCGAAAAAGAAGGUCUUACUAAAGUUUCGAUUUCUUAUGAAGAGUCUGACAUCAAGGACAAAAAAGGAAUCGACCCGACAGAAGAUCUAUUCAAUGCACUAUGUCAAAAACUGAGUAGUGAUAAUAUGAGCGCUAUCGCAGACGAUUGGAACAACCAUCGGAAAGACAUCGCACGAAUUAUUUUUGAGGAGUUCUUGCUCAAAUUUUGUGAAAUGUAUUUACGAUCUAAAUUACAGAGUGAAGCUGAGGAUUGUAUUGCUGUUCAAUGCACGAAAUCUUUGGAAAAGAGAAUUAAUGUGCUUCCGUUUCGACCCGAAACCAUGGACCAUGAUGAAAACGUCCCUCGUGUGUUAGCGCUCUCGUUUGGAUUCGGCAACAGAGAUGAUCUAGUCGAAGGCGUUCUCGUAGACAAUAAUUGUCAAGCAGAGGAAGUAUUCAAAUUUAGCCAGAACUUUAAAGACAGCCAUUCGGAACGAGAGGCUUUCGCUCGACUACUUGAGAGCAAAAAUCGUCCAGACGUGAUUGCCAUCUCGGGAUACAGCUCAAAUACGAGGCGCCUACUAGAACAAAUCAAAGAACUUGUGAAAUACUGUCGAAAAGAUGAUGAGAUAUACGUAACGGUCGCCAAUGACGAAGUUGCGGCCAUUGCUAGAGGGUCAAGAUAUUAUGCACAUGAGUCUGCGAUUAAAGGUUACUCGUCGUUGCAGUCGUAUUGUGUGUCCUUAGCAAGGCGGCUGCAAAGUCCUAUUCAUGAAUAUAUUGCGCUUGAGAGUAAUUUGUCAAAGAUAAGACACCAUCCUUUAAAGGAUUUGGCAAAGAAAUUGAAUCGUGCCUUAGAGCGCGCAUUUAUAAAUGUCGUAAACAUGAAUGGUGUUGAUAUUCUUGAAGCCGUCAACGAUUCAUACAAAGCGCAAACAUUACAAUAUGUUUGUGGAUUGGGUCCACGCAAAGCGCAAGAUAUGUUGAAUCAAAUGCGUGAACGUUAUAAAGAGUAUAAAGAG